AUGACUGGAGGCAAAUCCGGAGGCAAAGCCAGCGGCAGCAAGAACGCGCAGUCGCGCUCUUCGAAGGCUGGACUUGCCUUCCCCGUCGGUCGUGUUCACCGUUUGCUGCGCAAGGGUAACUACGCUCAACGUGUUGGUGCUGGUGCUCCGGUUUACUUGGCCGCUGUUUUGGAGUAUCUCGCUGCUGAAAUCCUGGAGUUGGCUGGCAACGCUGCCCGUGACAACAAGAAGACUCGUAUCAUUCCUCGCCAUCUCCAGCUUGCCAUUCGUAAUGAUGAGGAAUUGAACAAGCUGCUUGGCCACGUGACAAUUGCGCAGGGUGGUGUCUUGCCCAACAUUCACCAAAGUAGGUUUCGCACUUUGUUCUCGUCUUCGCUAUAUUUUCUAACAAAUUUCCAGACCUUCUACCAAAGAAGACUCCUAAGAGUGGAAAGGGUCCUAGCCAGGAGCUUUAAUUGUCCUAUUUUUCUUUCUUUCCUGUUCGGGUUUCUCAAUCGGCGUGCUUUGGUUUCUCAUGAUGUGAUAACGGGGUUCUGGACUGGGCACAAUUAUGGCUCUGUUUUUCAUGCUUUUACUUAUGGUUGUACAUUAUGCUUACGGGCAUUGAAUGAUACCGACAGCUUUCUUAAUGAAAUUUGUCUUUCGGAGACGAUGGGAAUAUUAGUAAAUCUAACGCUAAGUAGACAUAAGGGCCUGUACCUUCAGUCGUUCUUACAGUACACCACUAAAGCAUUUCUGCACUUUAACAUAAAUGUUCAAAGCAACGUCCAGGACAGAAGUUUCGAAGUACGUUAUUAG